AAACAUUUAGCGUUUUCCAACACUGCACAAUUUAAAGACAAAUUAAAAAGACCGUAUAUUUAAAAUGGCGUCAGUGUUGGAAAAAGAGAGGUAUUUGUUUCUUAAAAAAUAAAACCAAAAUAGAAUAAAAACAUAGACAGCUCAAUUUGGAGGCUUUAAGUGCGAAUCUAAACCGUCAGAAAGUGGUGCCGCGCAUGUUCGAUUAACCCAGUACUAAGACUGACAUGUCGUUGGCGAGAGUGCAACAAGCGAGAGCAACAAGUGAUUCGUGAAAAGCAAAUUGUGGCAAUUUAAAAUGUCUAAACCAGCAGCUAGUCCGCCUGGCUGCAGCUAAACCACCAUAAUCCGCCCCAGAGCACCCAUAAUAGGUGUCGGAAUAGGAGCUGCGCCCCUAAAAACGCAGCGACUCCAGUGUGCACACGUAACCUUGUGUGCGCGUAGCACGGAAGCUGUUGCUGCUACUUUGGCUUGGUUCGGAAUCGGAAUACUUGUUCGCAGACUUGAUUGCGUGCUUUUCCACGGACGUCGGGUACGUUUCCGAAGAUGGAUACAAAUUCCGGAGCUGGAUCUGGAUCUGGAGCCGGACCGGAUGGUGAUGGGGAAGCGGGUCCCUGCUCCACGGUGACGACGCACAACGAGCAGCCGCAAACGAAACGCCAAAAGAUCGAAAAGCAGUUCAAACAUGAUCGGAGCUGUAAGGCGCUUACCCCCUCCCCGCCGGACAUCCUUGACGGGAGGAGGGGGGAGGCGGUGUUGGACGCCAACAGCAACAACAAGAACCAUCUCUGCUCAUCGCUCUCCUCGUCGUCGACGCACUCGCUGUCUACGCCCAGCAGUACCAACAACUCUCCCACCACGACGCCGUGCAGCUCCCGCGCAGCGUCCUACGCCCAGUUGUUGGGCCACAACACCUUGCCACAAAAUGGGGAAGCGGAGACGCACGUCGCCGACCCCGAGUCCACCAAGGACGAGGUGGACCGCGCCGCACAAUUGCCAGACCUGCUGAGCCUCAACAAAUCAAACAGUAGCAGUAACAUAAGCCUAAGCAGCAGCCGCAACAACUGCAUUCCGGCCGCCCCCGUCGACGAUAUGCUGGAGUUCGAGCAGUCCCUGACCCGCCAAUGCCUCUGCGGCGUUUCGGAGAGGACGCUGCGAAAGCCAUUCCAGUCGCACUACUCCCAGGACAGCAACGGACAGAAGCGAAUCGCCUAUCUCCGCGAAUGGCCCACCAACAAGCUGUUGCAGUUUUUGUCCAACCUGCAGCUGCUCUUCGACAUAUACCUGAAGCAGAAUGCCAAGGGUUUCAUCUGUACUCGGAUAAUGGACGUCUGCGACGCACUGAUCCGCAACGACCACAAGCUCAUCGACGAGAUAAUCGUGCUGGCCGGCUACGAUAAUCCCUACGUGCAAUUCUUGGCGGGCCGCGUCCUGGCGGCAUUCCUGGUCAUUGCCAAACAGGAGCUGAACGACGAGUGGCUGCAGAAGAUCGUAGACCAGCUAUUCAACUUUGAGCAGCUGGAUCAGGCUGCCGUCCAGAAGAUCCACUUCAGCCUGGACAUAAUCAAGCGAAUCGUCGAGUGGAAGGACAUGGAAAUCCAUCCGCUGGACGACGACUGGAUGGCGGCGGCUAGCACGGCGACAGCAGCCUCUUCGGUGGUACCCCUGCCGAGCGAAGCCUCUGUGAGCUACAUGCACUUUCCCGUACAGGAGCAGCCCCUAGCCACCAACUACUUUGCGCUGCAGUUCCGCGAAGAUUCAGGUGUGGAUGCGGAGCCAGAACCAACCGACAAUCGUGAGAGACAUCGAAGGCACUUCGGCGAUGAGAUGAACGACGCAUACGACUCUCACUCACAUACUGCAGCCCAGCCAACAUCCACGCCCACGUCCGUGCCCAGCGGCUGUCACGUUGUCACACUCACCGACUCGGAGAGCUUCGACACCACGCACCUCAAGUGUAUUACCAUUCAAAAGCUGGAACACAAGUGGCCCACUUUGGUGAAGAAUAUGUCGGAGCUGAUGGCACCCACGCACCAGGAUGCCACCGAGCACUGCGUCCUAAACUUCCUGCAACUGUGGGAGAACAUCAUCUCGGUGAAGGCCAACCUGUCGAUUGAUGAGACGCGCCCCUACUACGCCCAGUUGGACAAGUUCGAAAUGCUGCUCAACCACAACCUCUCCUGCACCGUCUACAAACAGAUGCUCUGCCUCUUCAACGAGGCCCUAUGCUACGGAUCCACGCUGGCACUGCAGGACAUGCUACCCGAGGAGACGUGCAAGCUGGCCCAUCAAAUCGUACGCCAUGUGCGAGGCUUCCGAAUCCUUGAGUCCCUGCCGCGCCGCCAGCCCGACAACAUGGCCAGCCUCAUUGGUUACAACGGCAGGCCGCUGAUAUAUAACAGCGGGAGCAUAUCCUUGGCGUCGCAGUCUUCGCCGUCCAUGGGUGCCGGGCAGGAUGGAGACGAUGUUGCGCCACUGGACCUCAUCGAGAUGGACAAGACGCUGCUGCAAAAGAUGGUGCUGCUGGUGCUGAAAUCAAUAGCGGUGACUGUGAAGGAAAUCCGCAGUGAUUCGUCCGAUUCGUCUAUAGACUCGAGCGACUACGACGCCUUCCAAGACAUGAUGCUCAUUGAGCGCUCCAUCCGGGACGUGCUCAGUAAGCUGGAGCGCUUCAUCAAGCAGACGCUGGAGUUCCACCCGGAGUGCCACUUCAGCAAGAUCCUGAUCCAUCUUUUCGACGACCAAGACGACCACCUGAUCGAGGCCAUGGUCUGUACGCUGGACGUCACUUCGGGGAUAUCAUUCCGGAACAACGCCUUCCCCGAACUGGUGGACAUGCUGAAUCCGGUGUACACAUUCCUGGAGUUCCUCAAGAUGACCUCGAACAGCUCGGACCUGCUGCUGGACCUACUUGUGAGCAACGAGACCUGCUUCCUGCUCUACCUUCUGCGGUUACUCAAGUACGUGCGCAUGAACUGGACGAUGUUUGUGCACAGCUGCAACAGCUUCGGCAUGGGCAGCACCAUGCUCGAGGAGGCGAUGGGUGUGCUCAUACGGUUGCGCCUGCAGAUAUCGCGUCUGGUGUCGCGCCAAUUGUAUCCCUAUGACAUUUCGCCGGUGCUGCGCCUGCUCGAGAGCUGCGAGAGUCUGUACGAGGGCAAUGAGCUGAGCUGAGCGCCGCCAGAAAUUGAAAACGACUAUAUGCAAUUAAAAUACGUAAUUUAUUUUAAUAUUUAAUGGAAUAGGAGAAACUAGCGCAAAAUUCGAUGAAAUGGAUCCUUGUAGCAUAUCACUCCACUCCACAACACUCCACUCCACUCCACACUUCGACAUAUCUCCGCAUCCCGAUCCAGUAACGCGAUAACCCUAGUUAAGUUCUAUAUACUCUUCAUCCGUUUCGCAGGCCUCUCCACCUAGUUACAUAGCUGUAUGUAGUUUUCAUUGUAAUGAGCAUCAUGAAUUCCAAACUAAGCACUACCUUAGCCUAAGAUUGUGUUAAUCUUGCCUUAAGUAGAGUAAUAUAGAGUAUACUGAA